GAUGAUCCGGACGACCACAUCCCGCACGUCCUCGCCCCCGGCUACCACGGGCCCAACCGGAGGUGCCUCCUGUGGGCGUGCAAGGCGUGCAAGAGGAAAACAGUCACCAUCGACCGGAGGAAAGCGGCGACGAUGCGGGAGCGAAGGAGGCUGAAGCGGGUGAACGAAGCCUUUGAGACGCUGAAGCGCCGGACUUGCCCGAACCCCAACCAGCGGCUCCCGAAGGUUGAGAUCCUGCGCAACGCGAUUGAGUACAUCGAGAGUCUCGAGGAGCUGCUCCAUGGUAGCCGCAUCAACCGGACUGAGGACCCCUGCAACGACAACAACUCGUCCAGCAGUGGAUCUGAAUACAUGGUGAGUACUUGGGGUUAA